AUGAUGCCAGGCCCAGAAUUGCUUCAGAAGCUGUCUUUCACCCAAUCAUCCACGGAUCUCCUGCUCCUUCUCAACCGCUCACGUCAAUUGCUUAGUGAUGUGCGAACGCCGACUAGCGAGCAACUGCUCAUAAUCAUAUCUGAUGGAAGGGGAGCCUUGUCACAAGGAGCCGAAAAGGUCAAAACUGCUCUGGCUUCUUUGCAAGGCGUGACUGUACUAUUCGUCAUUCUCGAUUCGGGUCUCAAAUCUAUAUGCGAUCUUUCUGUGGCUUCUUUCAAAGACGGAGAUGUGGUGCUUACGCCGUACCUGACGACGUUCCCGUUCCCAUUCUACGCCAUUGUGAAAACUGUCACCCAGCUUCCCUCAAUGCUAGCUGAAUCGAUUCGGCAGUGGUUUGAAAUGACAGUACAAACAAAUUCGAUUUGA